GUUUGUUUAUGUUGCUCUCAGACCUAGUGGUUGCAUACCCCAGCUCAACCUCCAAAAUGGGGAAAUCCUUCGCCAAUUUCAUGUGCAAGAAGGACUUUCAUCCUGCUUCUAAAUCCAACAUCAAAAAAGUUUGGAUGGCAGAACAGAAAAUAUCAUAUGAUAAGAAGAAACAAGAAAAGUUAAUGCAACAAUAUCUAAAAGAACAAGAAUCAUAUGAUAAUAGAUUGCUAAUGGGAGAUGAUCGUGUAAAGAAUGGUCUUAAUUUCACGUAUGAGGCUCCACCAGGGGCUAAGAAAGAAAACAAAGAGAAAGAAGAAACAGAAGGAGAGACCGAAUACAAAUUUGAAUGGCAGAAAGGGGCCCCAUGGGAAAAAUAUGCCAAAGAUGACAUGAACAUCAGAGAUCAGCCCUUUGGUAAUCAGGUUCGAAAUGUGAGAUGCAUUAAAUGUCACAAAUGGGGUCAUGUCAGCACAAAUCGAGAAUGUCCUUUGUUUGGUCUUUCCAGAAUUAAUGCAAGUUCAGUUCCCACUGAUGGCUCAGGGCCAUCGAUGCACCCCUCGGAGCUAAUAGUGGAGAUGAGGAACAGUGGGUUUGCACUGAAACGAAAUGUACUGGGGAGAAACUUGACCGUGAAUGAUCCAUCACAGGAGUAUGUUGCAAGCGAGGGUGAAGAAGAUCCAGAAGUUGAAUUUUUAAAGUCACUAACAACCAAACAAAAACAGAAACUCCUCAGGAAAUUAGAUCGACUUGAGAAGAAAAAAUAGAAAAAGAAAAAAGAUAGAAAAAAGAAAAAGCUUCAGAAGAGCAGAAGUAAACACAAAAAACAUAAAAACAAGCCCUCCUCCUCCUCCUCCUCCCCCUCCUCCUCUAGUGACAGUUCAGAAAGCAGCAGUGAGAGUGACAGCAAAGGAAAAAAAGUACGGAAGAAGAAAAGAAAGAAAAACAAGCAUUCAGGGAAUAACAACAGUGAUUCUGAAGAGACAGACAAGUCUAAGAAGAGAAAAUGGGAUGAAGAACGUUCUUGCAGUCACAGUAACAAGGAAAAGCCUAAGUUUUUAAAACAAGAGAGUUCUGGGGAGAACAGCAAAUGGAGCCAUUCUGAUUCUGACAGAAAGCCCAGAAGCCAUGACCAGAGUCCAGAGAAGAGAGGAUCUGGGAGAAAGGAGAGGAGCAGCAGGAGCCAGAGCUGGGAUGAGGGGAGCAGGAGAAGCCGAAGCAGAAGUCACGGCGGUCACAAGCCGAGAGAAAUAAGGAAACGGCCGCGGCGCAGUCCAAGUGAAGAGUGGGACAGAAGUGACGCCAGAUGCCGUGGCAUGGAUGCGUACAGAGGAGGGAAAGUGCAUAGAGAGCAUUAUCGGGAGAUAAACAUACUAGAGUGAUGCCAAAAGAAU